AUGGAUACUGAAUUGAGAAUAUCAUCACCAAUUAAUAGUGCAACUAAUGCACUAAUUACAACUACACCAUCGGUAGAUACGGUUAUUCAACAUUUAUUUAAUCAAUAUUUAGAAAUUCAUCCAAAUCUUAAUAAUAAAUCAAACUCUACAAUACUAAAUAAUGAAAAUAAUAUCGAAAAUAAUCAAGAUAUAAUUGAAGAGAAUAAUGAAAAUAUAAAAAUAAAAUCAUGGUUUAAUUUAAGAACAAUACCAAUAAUUGGAAAAUUUUUACCAGAAAUAGAUGAUAAAACAAAAAUUAUAAAUGAAUUAUUAGAAUUUCAAAAAUCAACAACAAAUUAUAAAGAUUGGGUUAAUUGUUCAUUAAAAUUAGAUGAACUUUUAGGAAAUAAUACUUGGAAAAGUGAUCCACAAUCUGAUAUUUAUGAUUAUAAUUUAAUUUAUAAUCAUUUAACAUUAAUGAAAAAUGCAAGAUUAAAUAAUAAUUUUAAAUUAUUAUUAUAUUAUAUAAGAACUAAUUGGGUUAGAAAUUUAGGUAAUAUGGGAGAUUCAAAUUUAUAUAGACAUUCUUAUGUUGGUACUAAGAAAUUAAUUGAAGAAUAUUUAAAUGAAUGUCAAUUAUCUUUAAAUUAUUUGGUAGAAAAUAAUCAAAAUUAUGAUAAUGAUUCAAAAAAUAAAUUGAAUGAUAGAUAUUUGUUGGGAAUGUUAAUUCAAACUAGAAAAAACAUUGGUAGAACUGCUUUAGUUUUAAGUGGUGGUAGUACUUUUGGAAUUUUUCAUAUUGGUGUUUUAGCAACUUUAUUUGAAGCUAAUCUAUUACCAAGAAUUAUAAGUGGUUCUUCAGCUGGGUCAAUUAUGGCAAGUAUAUUAUGUUGUCAUACAAAUGAUGAAACAAUUGAAUUAUUAGAAACUAUAGCAAGUAGAAAUUUUAAUAUUUUUGAUAUAACUGAUCGUGAUUCAACAAUAACAAGUAAAUUUAGAAAUGUAUUGAUGUUUUUAGGUCAUUUAAUUAAAUACGGUACAAUAUUUGAUAUUGAAGGAUUACAAGAAACAAUGAUUGGGUUUUUAGGAGAUUUAACUUUUAGAGAAGCUUAUAACAGAACUGGUAAAAUUUUAAAUAUAACAGUAUCACCUGCAUCAUUACAUGAACAAACAAGGUUAUUAAAUUAUAUAACUGCUCCUAAUUGCUUAAUAUGGUCAGCUGUUUGUGCAAGUUGUUCAUUACCUGGAGUUUUUCCAUCAAGUUCAGUUUAUGAAAAAAAUACCAAAACAAAUGAAAUUCAUGAAUGGAAUAAUGAUGAACUGAUGAAAUUUGUUGAUGGAUCAGUUGAUAAUGAUUUACCAAUUACAAGAUUAUCUGAAAUGUUUAAUGUUGAUCAUAUAAUUGCAGUACAGGUAAAUCCUCAUGUUGUACCAAUUUUAAAAGUUUCAGUUAGUAACAUAGGAGGGGAAGUUGAAAAUGAUAUAAGUUAUAAAUUAAAACAUCUAUUAAAUAAUGUUUAUGAUUUUGUAUCAAGUGAAGCUAUACAUUAUUUACAAUUAAUGAGUGAAUUAGAUAUUUCAAAAAAUUUAAGUAAUAGAAUUAUUUCAAUAUUAUCUCAACAUUAUUCAGGUGAUAUUACCAUUUUACCAGAAUAUAAAGUUACAGAUUUUAUCAAAUUAUUUGAAAAUCCAAAUCCAGAAUUUUUAUUGGAUUUUAUUUGUCGUGGUGCAAAAGCUUCAUGGCCAAAAAUUUCAAUAAUUCAUAAUCAUUGUUCAGUUGAAUUUUUAUUAGAUAAAGCUAUAACUACUUUAAGAGGUAGAAUUAUUACAACUUCAAAUUAUAGAAUCACUCAAAGUGGAGAAGAUUUUAAUCAUAAUUCAACAAAUAGUUCAAUAAAAAGAAGUCAAUCAUAUUAUAAACCGAGACACAAUUUACAUAAUUCAACCGCAUUCCAAAAUGCACCAUCAUUACUAAACAACAACCAAGAUAAUCAAUCAGCACCAAACACUCCAAUAAAAACAUAUCAACGACCACAAGGUGUACAACGUCAUAAUACAACUUCAAAUACAACUUCUUCACAUAGACGUAAUAGUGUAAGAUCAAAAAGAAAUUCAAUGAGUGCAACAGAUAUUGAAAAAAUUUCACAUAAUAACAACUCCAAUGGAAUAACAACUCCAAAAAAAAGUAUAAUUCCAAAGGGAACAUCAUCAACUACAUUAUCACAAUUAAAUCAUUCUUAUAAUACUGACGACUCCAAUGAUUCAAUAAUUGGUAGACAAAAAAUUAGAAAAACAAGAAGUAGUGGAAAUUUUGAUAAUAAUUAUAAUAACAAUAGAGUAAUAUUAGGAUCAUCAGAAACUUCCAAUACAAAUUCAUCAAAAUCUUUUGGUAAUAAUAAUCAAAAAUUAGAAAAAAUUAAUUUACCAUCAUCAUCAAGAUCUUUAAAAAAUUCAUAUAUCGGAUUAAAUAGAUUAAAAGAUACAGCAACUCAAAAUGAAUUACAACAACAACAAAAGCAACAUCAACAAGAUUUAAUUAAAAAAUUAGAAACUGUUAAAAAAAAAUCUAUUUUAAAAAAUUCAAAUAAUAUUUCAUCAAAUGGUAUUUCACAAAAUCAAAUUCAAUUUUAUGAUAAUUCUGAAGAUGAUGAAACUGCUGGUAUUUUAUAUAAUCAAGAAGAUACUUCAGAAGACGAAGAAAUUGAUAAUGAAAAUGAAAAUGAAAAAACUUUAAAAGAUACGUUAGAAACUACUGCAAACGAAACAAAAGAUGAAAAACAAGAUGAAAAACAAGAUAAUGAUAAAGAAACAAAUAAUAAAGAAGGUGAUGUAUCAACAGUCACAUUUGAAUCUAUAAAAAUGGAACCAUGUACUGAUUCUUUAGUUGAUGAUAUAAAUGCAUAUUACGGUAAUAAAUAA